AUUAUAUUCACAAAAGUAAUAUACAAGAACUAUUAUUUAUUUGUUGAUUAAGAAAAGUGAUGCCGGUGUGGUUUUGUCCCAGGUUGAUGCUGUGGAUCCAUGUACAUAUUUGUUUCAUGUUUUUAUGUUGGGAUAACUUGCUGUGAAUGUGCAUCUUUCGGGGUGCAAGCGGGAAAGUUUGGGGUCUCGCGCACUCUCGCGCGGAGAAAGGAAGGCUAACCGAACUAGAGGGAGACGAGAGACGAGGGACCAGAAAGAAAGAAAAACAAAUAGCAUUUUACUGAGAAGAAAGAAAGAGACGAAGAUAUUGAUUUGGUUAGCUAGUAAUAUAUGUUAUUGUUUUGUGAAUGAGUAUCGAUUGAGAGGAUAUUUGUUAUUUUUCUUGUUUUCCGGAAGUGGUUUGUUUUUACGGUGGGCUAGCCGAAGAAGCUCUGCUACAGUACGGUUGGAGAACUGUUAGCUGCCUCAGCUGUGUCUUUUUUUUCUUUUCUUCUACAUUUUUCUACAUUCCUUGGGGAGAAUCCAGCGAACUGACUUGGAUUUCGCCUGCUACACCCGAUCGGUUCUUUGAGUACCAGUGUUGGAGUGGUGUGAACUGGAGAGCCUUACCGAGCCAUCUACGGGUUGCUAGCUACUGUGGCCAACUAUCUGCUGGCUGCCUGAGAGAUCAAGCAGAAAGAGCCUUGCUACGACUGGUAGGACAAGAGCCUGAUUCUAUUUGAUUUGUUUUGUGACUACCCUGGAGACAGACACUUGGACCCGGACUGAUCAUUUUUGUGUUGUUUGUUGUUUUGAAAGACUUGUACAAAAUCUUUGUGAGUGCGCGUGCGUUCACGCCGCAGCACUGUGUUUUGUAUAUGCUGUGAUUUAGAGAUGAGGUUGGAGUGAGGGAAUUUUUUAGAAUUAGUUGUUCUACUACUUGACUUGUGUAUUCAUAUAUUUGUUGUUUUUUUUAUACUUGUACUUUCAAUCAAAAUCAAUAAUCCUCUCAUUUAAUUAGAAUAAAAUAAUAUCCAAAAAGUCAAGCCCGUUUUCCAAAACGACAAGCCCGUUUCCCACAACCAAAUCAAUAUAAUAUAGUGAUAAUCCCAUAGAUAUUUUAAAAGCAAAAAUAAGUCACAAGCCAAUAAGAAUAAAUAGAUAAAACUUAAGGGAAUCAGGGAGAACAAUUUAUUGACACUUUCAUAUUGAUUUGGGGAAUUACUAUUUUUUGUGUUAUUGUCAUUAAGUCAAUUGCAAUUGUUGUUUGGUUGGUAAAUGUGUUUUUUUCCAUGAGAAGGGAAAAAAAACUGAGGUAAUAGAGAAACAAAAUAUCAAAAACAAUAACAAAAACAAUUCUAUUACCUCUGAAAUAUGGCCAACGUGUUCUGUGUGUUUCAUUCUGUAGUGCAAACAGUACCAUCUUUCCGAAGAACCAGAUAUUCUGAUACAUCUCCAAUUGAUAAUCAUUAUUAUUCUCUGUAGCGGUGUUAAAGUUAGACACUCGUUACAGAAAAUUGGCGAGCCAGCCAGGAGAUAGAUCUUGUUUGCACUAAGAGUGAUCACACUAUAAAACUGAGUUGAUAAAAACCUAUCGAAAAAAAACUUACAAUGGACAUAGUGAAAACUGAAAAUGUAGAUGUCCCAAACUCUGUCAUUGUUAAUGGUCUUACACAAACUAACUUAGACAAAGAGCUUGAGGAAAGUUUAGAGACUCAUGGCCCUAUUAAUCGCCACUUGCUUAUUGAUAAUCCAAACUCUAAAUUUCACCGUCAUUUAAUAGUUGAGUUUGCUGAAAGCUCAGCCAUGCAUACAUUAAGGCCAUUACUGCCCUUAGUUUACAAUACUUCCCAUGAUGCAGAAGACACACUCAAUGUGCAAGCUCUAGAUAGCAUCUACACACUAAAGGCCAGCAGUAGCGCCACCAAGGGGUAUCUUGAGACAUUGCAAACCAUUGCAAGAGCAAGUGGGAAAUCCUUUGAAGAGAUGCUCCAAGAGGAGUUAAUGAAGAUGGUCACACUGAGAGGAACAAGCCCCCCUGGGCAAGAAACGCUAAUGUCACAACUGGAGACAGUGUCUCAGAGGCAAGAACUUGUUGCAGGGAUUACUACCACACCUUCACCGCAUACUUCUCCCUUGUGGGACUCUGGGAAUCUAGAAGCCCACACCCCAACGAAGAGAACUGAACCAACCGCUACACACCACAGCUUCGCAGGAGGAGAUGGUGUUGAUUCUCCUGUGAUGAUCCACCCAGGUCUCCCUAUGAGUGCUGUUAACCCCCCUAGUUUACAAAGGGUGGUAGUUGAACACAUUGUGAAGACUGAUGCUGCCACAUCACAUCAGAAAAUCUCGUUCCGCCUUCGAGUCUUCUCUGGGAAGAGUCCACGGCCCAACCAUGAGCCAGACUAUGAUACCUGGCGUGCAAGUGUUGAGUUCCUGAUGACUGAUCCCUCCAUUUCCGACUUGCAUCAAACACAGAAAAUCCUAGACAGUCUACUACCUCCAGCCACAGAUGUUAUCAAGCAGGUCAACCCUCGAGCAUUACCUUCAGUGUAUCUUGAGCUCCUUGAUUCAGUCUAUGGCUCAGUGGAAGAUGGCGAUGACUUGGCUGCUAAAUUCAUGAGCACCUUGCAGGAUGCUGGUGAGAAGCCCUCAAGCUAUUUGCAUAGACUGCAAGUCAUCCUGAGUACAGCCAUCAGAAGAGGUGGGAUUGGGGAGGAGGAGCGAAGUCGUUUUCUUCUGAAGCAAUUCUGUAGAGGCUGUUGGAACCAUGAGUUGAUCACAGACCUUCAGCUCGAGCGGAAAAAAAUGCAUCCACCUUCCUAUUCUGAUCUGGUGUUCCUUAUCAGGACAGAAGAAGAAAGGCAUGCUUCUAAAGAAGAACGCAUGAUGAAGCAUCUUGGCCUAAACAAGCAAGUCUCUGCUUCUUCUAAGUUUCGAACAGCAGCACACCGCCAAACAGUAAAUCCCUCUGAUGUUGAAGCUGCUGAGACUGACUCAUUGAAGAGACAAGUUGCAGAGCUUCAAGCCCAAGUAGCUGUCAGACAGACACCGCCUCCCCCAAAGCCCAAGACCAACCACUCUGAAGCUGCUGAGAUCCAUGCACUGAAAAGACAACUGGCUGACCUCCAAGCUCAGAUGACUUCACUUCGAGUGCAGAAUCACCAGAUGGAGAGGAACACACACUCAAAGAAGACUGGAACCCAAUCUGAACACCGACCAACCGAUCAGAGAAUAGCUGAGCAGCCACGGUUUGGUGAACCGACAUCUAACAGACCUCGUCCUUGGUACUGUUUCCGCUGUGGAGAAGAUGGUCAUAUAGCGCCCAGUUGUGAAAGUGAACCAAACCCUCUCUUGGUCGAAGAAAAGAGACGUCGGUGUAGAGAGCGGCAGCUCCAAUGGGAUCAGUUAAACUACUGACAGUCUCUGUUGAAGGGCAAA